AUGCCCAAGAAAAACUACGACGAUGAUGAUGAUGAUGAUUUACUCAUGGCACUACAGAGUAUGGAACCAUGUGGUAAUUGUGGUGCUGAGGGGGCAAAGAUUCCAUGUAUGAGUGGAUGUAGUGAAGUCUUUUACUGUUCUCGCGAAUGUAAUAUGCAUCAUGCGUCCGCCCAUCGUCUACGUUGUCGUAAUUUACGUUGUUCCAAGUUUAAUGACUCGGAAUCGGAGUCUGGAUCGGAUGAUUCGGAAGAAUAUGAGACGGAUUCAAGUGCUGAGUAUGAAACAGAUUCAGAGGAGGAAGAGGAGGAGGAAGAAGAAGAAGUUAAACCGAAAAAAAAGAAGAGCAAGAAAAAGAGCAAGAACAAAUCACGUCGAGUCAAUAGCGCACGCAGUGUCGAGUCUUCAGGCAGCAAUCUAUCACGAAAGGUUAGUCUUGACGCAGACGUGGAAAAACGCAUUGAGGAAAAGAUUUUGCGACGUCUAAAAAAACAGGAGGAGGCGCGUAUUGCACAAGCAAUUGAAAACCGCAUGCGUGAGGAGAAGGCCAAUUGGCGUGAUGACGAGAUGAACUGCAUUAUUAUGGAAAUGCGGGAGCGUUUUCAGAACGAAAUGUCUUCGACAACUUUUUGGGCUGCAUUGGCAAAGAAAAAUGGACUGGAAAUGGACUCAGAGGAGAUGCAGACGCUGCAGAAAUCGAUGGAACACUCUUUUAUAGCGGCCAACCCACAGUCCGAAGAUAAGAUGGCUGUGCCGCUUUCAACUACAGCUGCAGGAGCUGCUGCAUUGAAUGAACCCAUAAAGAAGGCUGAUGCUAGUCAGACACGCAACGUGCCGAAAGAGUCGUCAUGGAAUAACACUUGUGAGGCUUUUGACGCAUUGCGUGUGGUUGUGUGGAAACAUAGUUUCUUGCCUCGUCUACAGUUUCGUGCCGAUGAUACGACAGGCUGUUGGAAUACUAUCAGAGAGCUGGAUACCGAUGAUUCAUUUGCGCACAUUAGCGUGGGUGAUAAGCUGCUCUCUAUCAAUGGACGUGCGAUUGAUGAUGCAGUACAGACGGAAGAUGACCUGAACGACAUUUUUGCGGCGUUUACGUCGCCAAUUAUCAUGAAAUUUGAGGCAGGGGACCCGUCUCCAGCAAAAUGCAAGGUACACGACUACACGGUAACGUGGUCGAAUGGACCGCUCGGUGUGACGUUGAAGGAUGACAGUGCUACGCAAAAAAUCCCGAUUGUGAACCGCUUGACCAAGAAGUCUGGAUCAGUGGCUGUAAAGCAGAAUAUCGCAAUUGGUGACGUUCUUGUUGCUAUCAACAAUAUUGACACUAUCCAGCUCGGCUGCUCUCUCUCCAUGUCUAUUCUCAAAAAGGUGCAGCUGCCUGCUAAACUUCGAUUCCGCGGUGUCGGGGGACCUUCGCGAGGAUCAGUGUUGAAUGCGGAAUCUGCCUCUGUGGCAUCACCGCGUAGUAGCGUGACAGUUUCACGCGCACCCAGCUCUCAAAAGCCAGAAAAUGGCAACAUCUCCAUCGAUGAUCGUGCACCGUCGGUGAUGAAUCUCAGUCUGAGCAUGUCGCGACCGAGCAAGUACUCUAUCAAUUGGGGUGAAGGGCCUCUGGGUCUUACGAUUAUUCCUGGUCUACACGAAGGCGAUUUACCGGUGAUCAAAAAGGUGACUGGCACGGGUAAUUCAGUCGGUAUCGACAAAGCGCAGGUGGGUGACUUUUUGGAAACAAUGAAUGGAACAGAAACGGCAACGAUGCAUUUUGAAGACGUCGUUUCGUAUUUGAAGACGGCGCCAAAGCCUGUACUGUUGCGGUUUCGUGCGGCUCUUGGCGAUGAUGGUGCAAGAAGUUCAUCUUCAUACCGUAGCAACGAUACCGCACUUUCCGCUAGGAGCGAUGGAAGUAACGCAGCAAGUAUGCAUUCGGGCUACGACAACGCUCCUGUGCACGUGAGCUCUUCCGUGCCAACGCCGCUCCCAGCACCUGCUCCAAGUAGCCAUGCCACCGAAAUCGUAAGGCAUGUGUCACGCGAGGCACCUAGUGAUGUGUACAAGGUGGUGUGGGGGUCAGGCCCGUUGGGUCUUACGAUCGAUGCAAAACCAGAGACGGGUGCAUUUAUUAAGCGCAUUGCUUCUCAGGGCGCAGCAGCUCACCUCUCUCAGGACUGCGUCGGCGACGACGUUACCCAUAUCAACGACAUGGACCUGUCGCGCGUGGCAUUUCCGGAUAUCGUGGCGCAUCUUAAGAAUGUGCCGCGCCCGGUGACACUCUUUUUUAGACGCAAAACUGCCCAACGACAUGGCUCGCACUCACCAAACUCUGACAGAAACUCGCCUGUUCAGUACAAUUCUUCCACUCCAAGCCACAAUCGAGCAGCAGCUGUAGCCACAGCAGGCGAAGGUAGCGGUGCGCAGUUUUACAACGUUGUGUGGCACGACGGAACUCCUCUGGGGCUUUCGUUGCGUAGUGCUGACAGCGAACGGACGCAGCGUGCAUAUUCGGGACAAAUCGUUUGA